AUGGGUAGACAAAACAACUCAUCUACCAACGGACGUGGGUCCAACAACGUACGUGGAACUAACAACAGGCCCGGUACUCCUAGUGCCCAACAGCCUUCGUUGUUGUCAACGCCUCCAAAAUCGACUCCCGCCAACAACGAAAGCGCAUCGAAGAUGCUCCCGACACCGAUAUCGCGGGGCACGUCACAAUCGGACGCAGAUCGGACCGCCCGCGAGGGCGCUGUAUCCGCCCCUGCUGGCGGGCCAGACCUGAAACCCAUUGAGGACCUGCUCGGCUGCAUGAAGUCCACGUUGAGUGUGCUUGGCGCAACAUUCGACUCUUUGAGCGCGCAGACGGUCAAAGUCACGGAGCUCGUGCCCACAAUUGGCGCACUCCAUCAGAUUGAAGGUGUUCGCGCGCAGUUUGAUGAACAGAAGAAGGUGCAAGAGGAGCGCAUGCAGGCGGUGAAGGAACAAAUCGCGGACGAGAUGAAGAAUCUAGUGCGGACACGCCUGAAGGACCAGGUGGGCGUCAUCGUCCGUGCAGUUGUGAAGCGGGAGGUCGCUAGCCGUGUGCAGAAGCAGCUGCAACUACAUAUCCCGGGAACGCUCAAGGAAGAGCUUGAAGAAUACAAACGACACGUUAUCGAGGUGAAACGUAGUCUCCAUAAUGCGGAGGCGAAACGUCAUAACGCGCUGAUUAGGUCGGCGUCUCUAGACGAGCCCUUGCACCCGCUGCUGCGCCCGUUGGAGCAGGUGCAGGGCUCUCGUCCUGCUUACGACCUAGAGCCUCCAACCGCGUCGCGUUCCUUCCCGCGCGACAUCGAGAUGCUCAUCAAGUCACCUCACAACGUUGUAAAGGAGCUGUUGCGCGAUUACGGGUUGGUGGAGCCUACAAAGAGAAAAGGAGAAACCCAGCACGGCUCGCGCGAGGAGGAUAUUAAUCGUUUUAUGUCUUUCAUCGGGGUCGGCUUUCAGCUUGUCCCGUCGUCCCCUACACAGGGCGGCCAGUGGCAGCCCCAGUCGCCGCUCCUGACGAGAGUCCAGUAUCCGCAGUGA